UCUGCGCGUAUGCCGUAACGCGCGCUACAUGUACACUACGACAUACAUUACAGUGCUAACGCGCGCUAAAUAUAGUGAUGUCAGCGAUUCGUCUAGCCAGGUUGAGCAUUCGAAGACUUUCUAUGAGCGCACAUUCGACGCUAGAUCUACCAUCCAGAGUAAAGAUUGUUGAAGUUGGACCACGAGAUGGUCUUCAAAAUGAAAAGGAAGUUGUGCCACUCUCUACAAGAAUUGAACUGAUUAAUCGGCUGUCAUUAACGGGACUGCCAGUUAUAGAAGUAGGCAGCUUUGUGUCACCUAAGUGGGUGCCUCAAAUGGCAAACAGUGGUGAUGUCUUACGGCAGAUAUCUCGCAUUUCCCACGUUUCUUAUCCUGUUUUGACUCCCAAUGUAAAGGGAUUUGAGGCAGCACUGGCAGCUGGAGCAGACGAAGUAGCUGUCUUUACUGCAGCAUCAGAGACAUUUAGCCUCAAGAACACAAAUGCAUCCGUAGAAGAUUCCCUUCUACGUAUUCAAGACAUAUGCGAUUUAGCUAAAGUGAGAAGCAUAAAAGUGAGAGGGUACGUUUCAUGUGUUGUCGGCUGUCCAUAUGAAGGCUCAAUAUCUCCAUUAGCUGUUGCAAGGGUUGCUAAACGAUUGUACAACAUGGGUUGCUAUGAGAUUUCGCUGGGUGACACAAUCGGCAUCGGAACUCCUGGAUGUGUUGAUUCGCUGCUAAGAGCUGUCUCUCAUGAAAUCCCACUGUCUUCGGUGGCUAUACACUGUCAUAAUACUUAUGGUCAAGCGCUGGCCAACAUCUACAGGUCACUUCAGCUGGGAGUUAGUGUUGUUGACUCGUCAGUUGGUGGGCUUGGUGGAUGUCCUUAUGCACCUGGAGCAAGUGGUAACAUUGCCACGGAAGAUGUUCUGUACAUGCUUCAUGGGUUGGGAAUAGAAACGGGUGUUGAUAUUAAUGAGGUUGUGAAGGUUGCAAAAUUCAUUUGUGAAAAACUGAACUGUAGGACUGCAUCCAGUGUUGGUCAAGCUCUUUCGCAAUCGAAGCUAUGAUAACAGAGUCACAAAACCGUUCCCACCGUUAAUUAACUUCAUGGCAUUGGCAAACAUAUAACUCCCAUCAGGUUGUUUCUAUCUGAAAAAUUUUUCUUUAUUUUGUGUACAGUAUAAUAUAUAUGGACAGACAGGAAAUCGUUCUAUGCAGCUUUCACAGUGACAUUUAUAAAUGAUUAAUUAAAAGUGAAUGUUGUCUUUCUACAAUAUAGCGCAUUACAGAGAGGCUAACAGAAAGGGCAACGUUUACCCUUGUGUCACCCUACAUUGUUGAAGAUGAAAGUACUUUUGGUGACCUACUAAACAGAGAGAAAAUAGGGAGUAUGUCUUAGUCAUGAUCUUGAUGGCCGUAUGAUACAGUCAUACCUCAUUAUUUCGACCAUGUUGUCCUGGGAGUUUCUGUCAGAUUAAUGUGACUUUCAUAUUAUCGGUAACACAUACACAGUGACCAUGUACAUCAGUUCCACGUGUACCUUCACAAGUGAGGUUGUCGGGAUUAUCGGGUGUCAGAAUAAUGAGACAUGACUGUACUAGCAAUACCACUUUGCUGGACAAAUGGCAAUUUGUGUUUAUGUUUUGUGAACACCAGCUCACUAAUUAUCGCUUCACUGUACAUUACAAUGCUAUCCACUGUUCUCAAUAAACCAGUUGCCCAACACAUCGGAGCAUUUUGUAUGUGACUAGUAGAUGCAUCUUGAUCUAUUUCUUUUCAAGUAAAUGAUGCGAUUUAUGAAACCUCUUGUUAGUGCUUGAUAUUACCAUCAGCAACAUGUGUGUAGUGCUUGACAUUUCACUGCAUGUUUUCUCUUGCUGUCGGUUUUAUACU